CAACACAAAUGUCAAAAACAGAUAGGAAAAAAAAGCAACAAUCGGAAAAUAUCACAACAAAGUCCCAUCACAACAUUGUGUAAUUUUAGUCAAAUCGUAACUAAAAUCAUAAAAAUCGGCCGUGUCUAGCUUGUAAUAUGGCUCAAAUUAUAGCCGUCCGAAGAUUAGCGUCUUUACUCCAAAACACACAUCGCUGCAAGCUUCUGCCGGUAUCGACCAAUUUCUCACAGAGCGCUACCAAUAAAAAGCAAGCUGAUACCAAAGAGGAAGUUAACAACGAACCUAUCAAAUACUUUGGAAGUCAAGCGUCCCGCUGGACAGCACAACGAAGCCGGGAAGGGCCGAAGGGACAGGACGUUCCUUGGUUUCAACCGUACGUGGUAAACUUUAGUGUAGCGAUAUUUCUGAUUUACUUCUGCAUUCUACGAGAGGAAAACGAUAUUGACGAAGGCUUGGGCCGGUCACUUUUCGAGCAUGUUCCUGGACUGGAAGAAAAGCAGCUCAUUGUUAGCUACCAUUACAACAAGGAAAAUGGGCUACCAACGCUCGAUAUCGAGAACAGGAUGAAGGAGUUGGGUAUGAACUUUGAAACUGCUAAUUAGAGAAGAGCAAAGUGAUGUAAAUCGAUGAUAAACUCUAAGCGGAAUCAUCCUUGUGUAUCAUAAUCUAGCCUAUAGUGUGUUGCUUUAACAAUAAAAACGACAGUCAAAGUUUAA